AUGGCAAACACAACUCUUCCGUUGAGCACCAACCACAGUGCUUUCCCUCUAUCCUCCCUUGAGGAAUUGACUUCACCAUGGGCACUUAUAGCCCUGGUAGGAGGACUAUACAUGCUCUCCUCCAUCUUCGCGCAGAUAUUCGGUUACAAGUAUCCCAUCUUUGGUAUAUCCUCUCAGCUUGAGCCCAUUGUAGUGUCCAACUUUCGAUUCUUCCGCCGCGCCGAGGACAUUUUGAAUGAGGGCUACCAAGCAUGCAAGGGCAAGAUCUUCCAGUUCAGAAGAGCCGAUACGGACAUGCUCGUGCUGCCGUACAAAUAUGUCGAGGACAUCCGCAAGCUCCCCAACUCGGUAGCCAGCCCUACCGUCGCCCACGUCCACAAUCUCAUGGGCUCCUCCACGAACAUGCACAUUAUCCUCCGCAGCAACCUGCAUUUCCGCACUCUUCAGCUCAAGCUCACGCCCAACCUCAACUCGCUCACGAGGCCUAUGCAAGAGGAGGUGAACUUUGCCGUGGAGAAAGAACUCACCGAGUCUGAAGACGAAUGGGUGACUAUCAAGCCGUACCACACCAUCCUCGACUUUGUCGCUCGUGUGAGCGCCCGGAUCUUCCUUGGCAAGCCGCUCUGCCGCGAUCCGGAGUGGCUCGAGGUUUCUACGCAGUUCACCGAAAACGUGUUUGUGUCUCUGGUCUUCUUGCGGCUCUUCCCGAUGUGGACGCAUGGCUUCCUCAACUGGUUCAUGCCCUCGUCGUACAAGGGAACCGCCUACGUCAGGAAGGCCAAGAAGCUGCUUGUCCCCGAGAUCAACCGCCGCCGCAGCCUGGAGGCCCAGGGACACGUCUUCGCAGAGGAGGAGAAGCACAACCUCCUGUCCUGGAUGAUGGAGAUUGCCACGCCCAGCGAAAGCGACGCGUCGGCCCUCGCCCACCUCGAGGUCGUCAUGUCGCUGGCGUCGAUACACACGUCGCAGAUGAACGCGGUGCACUGCCUCUACGACCUCUUGGCCCACCCAGAGUUCCUCGAGCCGAUCCGAGAAGAGAUCCGCGCCGUGGUGGCCGAAGCAGGCCCCUGGAUGACCUGGUCCAAGCCGCAGUUCUCGAGACUCCGCCGGCUCGACUCGUUCAUGCGCGAGUCGCAGCGCUUCAACCCGCCAACCCUCCUCUCCAUGCACCGCGUCAUGCUGCACGACGCAAAGCUCUCGGACGGCACGGUCCUGCCCAGGGGCGCCCACAUCAGCAUGCCGGUCAACUCGAUCCAGAACGACCCCGAGGUGACGCCCGAGCCGGAAAGGUUCGACGGCUUCCGGUACUACAACCUGCGCCAGAACGAGGGCCAGGGCCACCUGCACCAGUUCUCGACGACGCAGGACCGCAUCCUCAACUUUGGGCACGGCCCGAACGCGUGCCCGGGGCGCUUCUUUGCCAGUCUUGAGAUCAAGAUUAUUCUUGUGCGGCUGCUGAUGGACUACGAGUUCAAGCUCAAGCAUGGGAAUGAGCGGCCGGCGAAUCUACGCGCCCAUGAGUUCAUUUUUCCGAAUCCUGAUGCGGAGAUAUUGAUGCGUCGCCGGCCUGCUGCGGAACGACUGCCGCUGUACUGA